AUGAUGGGUACAAGGCCAGACUCUGUUAAAGUGGUAGAUAAAUUGGGUGUUGAAAAAGGGAAGAAGAUGUUAAGUAAAAAGAAGAGUGUUAAGAAAGAUGGAGAAGAGAGUGAAAGUGGGUUUUGGUUCAGAUUUAAGCUCAUGUUUAGUUGUAUCUCUUCUAGAUCAAAAGUUGAUAGUUCCAUGAAUGCCACUACUGUUAUUGCUGCACCUAAGCAAGUUAAGCAUGAAGGUCAUAGAGCUCCGCCUAAAGAACCUAGCUGUGCGGAGAGUGGUUCCUCAACACCUCUAAUAAGUGGGGAAUUGAAGUAUUCUUCUAAGCUACGGAUUUUCAUGUUUAAUGAUCUCAAGUUAGCCACUAGGAAUUUCAGACCAGAGUCUCUUCUUGGUGAGGGUGGGUUUGGAUGUGUUUUUAAAGGAUGGAUAGAGGAAAAUGGAACGGCGCCAGUCAAGCCUGGUACUGGUCUUACUGUAGCCGUCAAAACACUAAACCCAGAUGGCCUUCAAGGUCACAAGGAGUGGCUGGCUGAGAUUAACUUCCUUGGAAACCUUGUUCACCCAAGUCUGGUUAAAUUGGUGGGCUAUUGCAUGGAAGAAGAUCAAAGACUGCUCGUUUACGAGUUUAUGCCUCGGGGGAGUUUGGAGAACCAUCUUUUCAGAAGGACUUUACCCCUCCCUUGGUCUGUUAGAAUGAAAAUUGCACUUGGUGCAGCUAAAGGACUCGCCUUUCUUCAUGAAGAAGCUGAGAAGCCAGUCAUUUAUCGAGAUUUCAAAACAUCUAAUAUCUUACUAGACGCGGAAUAUAACGCAAAGCUCUCUGAUUUUGGGCUUGCAAAAGAUGCUCCAGACGAAAAAAAAUCCCAUGUAUCAACCCGAGUCAUGGGAACGUAUGGUUACGCAGCCCCUGAAUAUGUAAUGACUGGACAUUUGACGACAAAGAGUGAUGUAUACAGCUUUGGAGUAGUUUUACUUGAAAUACUAACUGGUCGAAGAUCCGUAGAUAAAAGCCGCCCAAACGGGGAACAAAACUUGGUUGAAUGGGUGAAACCUCAUCUUUUAGACAAGAAAAGGUUUUACCGUCUAUUAGAUCCGCGGUUAGAGGGUCAUUUCUCAAUCAAGGGUGCUCAAAAAGCCACACAAGUAGCAGCACAAUGCCUUAACCGAGACUCCAAAGCUAGACCAAAGAUGAGUGAAGUUGUUGAAGCCUUAAAGCCAUUACCAAAUCUUAAAGACUUUGCUAGCUCUUCUUCUUCUUUCCAAACAAUGCAGCCUGUUGCCAAGAACGGAAUCAGAACACAAGGAGGAGGGUUUGUGUCGAGAAAUGGACCGCCUCUGAGGAGUUUGUCUACCUUAAACCUGCCUCCUCAAGCAUCGCCUUAUCAUUAUGCCCCCGUUUUUAACACAGAGCAAAGAGAUGGUCUGUGGAAACUGAAGCUUGCCCAAUGGUUUAUGUUCUUUGAGUUGAUGGAAACUCAGGAAAAAAUAUCUUUGGUCCUGAAGAUUUCAAAUGCGAAGAUGCUGAGAAAACUACUGACGCGAACACCUUCUCGCCGUCUUCUCUCCUUCACUGUUCCAUUCUUCUCCAAAUCAUCUGUUUCGCCGUUUUCCUCACUCUCUUCUUCACCGGAGCCUCCGACGAACAGCACCGUUGAACAUGUCGAAGAUUCAGGUGCCUCCGUCGGAACAACCAUCUCCGUCGACCGCUCUGCUCUCUUCAAUCCUCCUGAUCACUCUCAUGAUUGCACACCAGAUUCAGAGCUCGUUAAGCACCUCAAGAGCAUUAUCAAGUUUCGAGGUGGUCCGAUCUCAGUUGCAGAAUACAUGGAGGAAGUCUUGACUAAUCCUAAUGCAGGAUUCUACAUGAAUCGUGAUGUAUUUGGAGCUCAAGGUGAUUUCAUUACUUCUCCUGAAGUUAGCCAAAUGUUCGGCGAGAUGAUUGGUGUUUGGACUGUGUGUCUUUGGGAGCAAAUGGGAAGGCCAGAGAGGGUCAAUCUCAUUGAGCUAGGUCCAGGUCGUGGAACACUCAUGGUCGAUCUUCUUCGUGGUACAUCAAAGUUUAGGAAAUUCACGGAGUCGUUGCAUAUACACUUGGUGGAAUGCAGUCCUGCAUUGCAGAAGCUUCAGCACCAGAACCUGAAAUGCACAGACGAAGAAAGUAAUUCGGAGAAGAAAGCUAUAAGUUCACUAGCUGGGACACCUGUGCACUGGCACGCUACUCUUGAAGAAGUACCAUCAGGAGUACCAACAAUAAUCAUAGCUCAUGAGUUUUAUGAUGCUCUUCCAGUUCAUCAAUUUCAGAAAUCUUCCCGUGGUUGGUGUGAGAAAAUGGUUGACGUGGGAGAAGAUUCACAGUUCCGUUUUGUUUUAUCCCCACAGCCUACACCUGCAGCCUUGUAUCUCAUGAAACGUUGCACGUGGGCUACACCUGAGGAAAGGGAGAAACUCGAGCAUGUUGAGAUCAGCCCGAAAUCAAUGGAGUUGACCCAAGAAAUGGCCAAGAGAAUAGGUUCUGAUGGAGGUGGAGCACUUAUAAUCGAUUACGGGAUGAAUGGAAUCAUUUCAGACAGUCUUCAGGCUAUUAGGAAACACAAGUUUGUCAAUAUACUGGAUGAUCCCGGGUCUGCAGAUCUAAGUGCUUAUGUCGAUUUUCCUUCAAUAAAACACUCCGCUGAAGAAGCUUCAGAAAAUGUCUCAGUCCAUGGACCUAUGACUCAGUCUCAGUUCUUGGGUUCGCUUGGAAUAAACUUCAGAGUUGAUGCGUUGCUGCAGAAUUGCGACGAUGAGCAAGCUGAGUCCUUAAGGUCAGGAUACUGGCGGCUUGUUGGAGAUGGUGAAGCACCUUUCUGGGAAGGACCCGAUGAACAAACGCCGAUUGGAAUGGGCACAAGGUAUCUCGCAAUGGCUAUUGUCAACAAAAACCAAGGCAGUCCGGCUCCAUUCCAGUAA